AUGAAGAAAAAACAUGAUGGCAUUGUUUACGAAACUAAAGAAAUUCUCGAUCCACCUCCCAAAGUAACAAAUUGUUGCAAAUCACUUCGGGUAAAAUACAGUUUUCAGAAGGCAUACAUGACUCAACUUGUCAGCUCCCAGCCAGCUCCAGCCAUGUCAAGGAACCCAGAUCAUAAGCUCCCUUCUCAGCCCAAGGAGCAUAGCAUCGGUCAGAAGCAUCACCAGGAGGAAAUAAUUCACAAGUUGGCCAUGCAGCUGAGACACAUUGGGGACAGCAUUGAUCACAGGAUGGUUCAAGAGGAUCUUCAACAGGAUGGCAGAGAUGCACUAGAUCAUUUUGUCUUCUUUUUCUUUAGAAGAGUUCAGGUGUUGCUGCAUUUUUUCUGGAACAACCAUUUGCUGUAAAAGGAAUAUAAAGGUCAAGUUCUGCUUUCUUUCUAUCCUCUGAGAAGCAUGACUCCCACUGGGACAGAUGGGAAGAACACCCUUCUCCGUCUCCCUCUCUUUGUACCCAUCACUGUUGGUCUACACCUGGUUUGCUGAAGAACUGCGGGCACAGGAGCCAUUUGCCACUUUAGAGGAGCUAGCUAUGAGAUGUCUGUGAUCACGUCAUGGUAAAAACCCAGGGAGUAAUUAGGAGCCCAGGAAGCCUUGCUGUCCAGCAAAUGCCAGUGCCAUGGAUGGCCCCAGGGCUCCUUGUGAGGAAACCUUGAGCAUUUCCUUCCAGGAAUGAAAUAGAACCUCAUCCUCAAACUAAAGGUCACAGAAAUGGGCACUUGCUCCUGGGCCACUCCCUGGGUACCAUGCCCUCUGCUGACCUGUUGACUCCACUCUUGUCACUCAUGUCCAGAUCUGCAGUGCCAGCUUCUCCUCAGUGACAUGUCACCUCCCCACCCCAAUCCUGGCUCCAACCCUCUCUGGAAAAUUGAAAGGAAACGUUUGUCUCUAAUACUCAAAUCCAACAAAUGGCUCAUCCAUCUACCUUCCCAUUUCCAUGCCUAGAGGUCCCACUACCACCACCAGCAGCUUGGGGUGUUUCCAAAUCCUUCUCAGGCUCUGAUUCUACAACAUUUACGUUCUUUCCUCACCUUUGAUCCUCUCACUCCUCUGUGACCCCCUUCAAGUCUCUUCAACCACGCCGGUGUUUCCCAACCACUCGGCCCUGCCGGAAGGUGUCUUUCCCUGCUCUGCCAUUCUCUUUUAUGCUUGCCUGCUUAAAAUCGGGAGUGCUUAGUCCUUGGCCAACAGUCCUGCCUUCUAGAAGAGUGUAAGACCUGAAAGGGUUAUGAAUCCAUCACAAGGCAAAAACUUUUGCUAUUGCUGGAUGGAUUUGCUGUUAUUGGGUGGUGGACCCUUUGCCUGUUGAAUGUAUUUCACUCAUUCUCUCCUCACUCUCUUACGCAGUUCUUUCACCUUCGUUCUUCUCCUUCUACCUUUUUGUCUACCUCAUAUUCCCUCCCUCCCCUCCUUGAAAAGAAGUAUAAAUAUUAAGAAAGUUUGUUGUUAGAAGUUAAAAGUUUAUGUGUAUAUCUUGAGUUCUUCAUAGGAGAUGUGUUAUUUUUAAAAAUUCUAAAAAUGAAAUAAAUAUUGUUAUUUUAUUAAGCAUGAAA